AUGUUGUUCAAAAUCAUAUUCACCUUUGGUUGUGUUGUCUUUAUGGCGAAUGCACGAUGUAAUUUAACAGCAGAACCAUUAGAACUAAUUGAUUGUCUGUCACAUAUGAGUACAAUUAUUCUUGGACUUGCUAAAAAUGACAUUCAACGAGUAUGCAAAUCAACGUCAUUAAUAGUGAAAUGCGCACAAAAUCAUUUGGCAGAAUGUAUUGGGCAAAAGGUCGGUGAAGCUGCUUUUCGAGAAAUUGUUGAUUUAGCAGAAAAUUGUUGCCCAGAACGAAAUAAUCCGACUUGUCCAAUAAAAGAUUCAAUAAUAGAAGAACAACGUUGUUUUGCUGCUGACUCGCUUGUGACGUUAUCUAAUGGCGACCAGAAAUCAAUUGCUAAUCUACAAUCAGGCGAUUCACUUCUUGCUUAUGAUGAUAAAACAAAGAAAGUCCUCUCAACCAAUCUAAUCACUAUGCUUGACUUUCAACCACAAAGAUUUGCUUUGUUCAAACAAGUAACUACUCACACUGGCCGACAAUUAUCACUUACCUCGUCUCAUCUUAUGCCUACUGAUAAACAUGGUUAUGUCAUGGCUAAAAAUAUUCACGCCGGAAUGAAUGUCUAUGUCAUGAAUGGCGAUGGCAUUCUAAUUACUGAAACUGUUUCGAAUGUGUCUGAUGUUGUCAAACAAGGAUAUGUAGCCCCUUUGACUGUUGAAGGAUAUGUAGCCCCUUUGACUGUUGAAGGUACAUUAAUUGUAAACAAUGUUGCAGCAUCGUGCUAUGCUACAAUCGAUAGUCACGUCAUUGCCCAUACUGUACUGGCUCCUAUGAGAUGGUGGUAUAGUUUAUUCGGAAAAUCGAGUUCCAUGAUUGGCGUUCAUUGGUUUCCACAAAUACUGUAUGAAAUGACGACGUAUUUGAUACCAUCAAUCAUUCAGAAAUAA